AUGACAGAAGCACAGUCUGCAGCAUUAAGCGAAAAGCUUAGUAUACCAAAUGAAGCUGAGCUAAAAUACCUCUCAAGUAUUGACAAAAGCCGUGUGAUACCAAUAGACGAACCUGUUAAAGCGGAGAAUUUAAACAGCGUUGUGAAUAUUGAUGGGAUUAUGUUACCCAUUCAUGAUAAAGGGCAAGUCCAGAAAAGUAGUCUUGUUCCCGUCAAAUCUACAGUCAGCAAUUUGAGGAGCUUGGCUUUGGCUGUGGCAUCAGUUACUAAAAUAAUAAAUUGGGCAGGCUGCUAUUAUUCAAGGUUAUGUCACGCAAAAUCAUUGUGUGGCAGCAAAAUAGAGCUUCAAGAUGCUAUAGAUAGAUUAUCAGAUCAUCUAGUGAAUACUACUAAUGCGGAAAUAUUAAAAGAGCAUGUAUCCAAUUUGCUAUUGGCAUUGGUAUCGUCCAAAAUCCUGCUGAAACCCAUAAAGAAAAGCACUGACCAUUAUUUGGAUUGGCUUGUGCAUCUUGACAACUCAUAUGUUUUAGCAAUAUUGAGCGAUCAUCCAGAUAUAUUGCAAUAUGCCCUUAAAUAUUUUGAGCUCAAUCCGACACCUCCAUUUUCCGUUUACGGAUCAGAAGUUGAAAAUUGCCCUCGGGCUCCUAAGAAAAGGAGAUACAUUAGUAAUCAUCGGGACUUAUCAGACAGUCAGAUUGUCACUUGUUCUUAUAAAUUGCUCACAAAACUACCAAAUGAAUUUUCCAUCAAAUGGGACUGGUCUGUUUUUAUUCACCGGUUUAGUGACCACUAUGAUGUUGGAGUUCGAAGGAUGGUCAAGGAAUGCAUGGUUAUCGUUACCAACAUGACAGAAGCACAGUCUGCAGCAUUAAGCGAAAAGCUUAGUAUACCUAACGAAGCUGAGCUAAAAUACCUCUCAAGUAUUGACAUAAGCCGGGUGAUACCAAUAGACGAACCUGUCAAAGCGGAUAAUUUAAACAGCGUUGUGAAUAUUGAUGGGAUUAUGUUGCCCAUUCAUGAUAAAGGGCAAGUACAGAAAAGUAGUCUUGUUCCCGUCAAAUCUACUGUCAGCAAUUUGAGGAGCUUGGCUUUAGCUGUGGCAUCAGGUAAAGCAGUAUGCCUUCUGGGCCCUGUGGGUUCAGGAAAGACAUCUUUAGUAGAACAUUUAGCCGCGAUAACUGGCCGCAAGCAAUUUGCGUUCAAAAAAGUGCAGUUAGGAGAUCAAACGGACUCGAGGAUGUUGUUGGGUUCCCAUCAGUGUACCGACGUCCCGGGAGAAUUCAUUUGGAGGCCCGGAGUGUUGACUGAGGCGGUACAAAACGGCCAUUGGUUGUUACUUGAGGACAUCGACUCUGCAGCGCUGGACGUUGCAUCUACCUUGAGUUCACUUCUCGAACGCAACUCCCUUUGCGUGCCCGGAUACAGGGAUGCGUUGCCCGUCACUCCCGGAUUCCAAUUAUUUGUUACCCAAAGGACACUCGCAACACAUGCAGGAUUCCAAAAGAAAAUGUCCAGCUCGAGCACAUUGCUCCAAAAACAUUUGACGCAAAUAAACGUUGAACCAUUGUCAAGGUCCGAACUAGGAGAGAUUAUCCAAACUCUUUACCCCAGUCUCUCCACAAUCAGCGCCAAGAUUAUCGAAGUUUUCAUGAUGUUCUCUGUGGGCAGUCAUGACACAUCCUUACAUUCCACUAAACUAGACAGUCAGGACAAUGAAACUAGUAUCACAGUCAUGAGAGGUUCUCGACUUAUCUCCACAAGGGACUUAAUCAAAUGGUGUUCAAGAUCUGUACAAGACUUUGAUGUGUCAAGUCCUGAAUCCGCUUUGAAAGUUCUGCAGGAUGCCUUGGACAUAUUCACCUGCUCAGUCUCCUCACCAGAGCACAGGCUUGAACUGGCCAAAAAGAUCGGCACAUGUUUAGGCAUCGUGGAAACCAAAUCGGAGUUUUAUUGCAAACACCACAAGCCGAAUGUGUCUCUCACUACAAGGGCGCUCGAAGUCGGAAGAGCUAAAGUACAAAGAGUUGAAAAGAGUUUAGAAUCAAUAGAUUUGGAUAGCAAACAGGUAGUGUUUUCCUUCACAAGGCAGUCAGCUUGUUUACUAGAGAGAAUAGCUUGUUGUGUCACGUCUAACGAGCCAGUGCUACUUGUUGGUGAAACAGGAACAGGGAAAACAUCAUCCGUCCAGUACCUUGCGAGACAAACGGGUCACAAGCUUGUAGUCAUAAAUAUGAAUCAGCAAUCGGACUCUGCUGACUUACUCGGUGGCUACAAACCGGUCGAUAUGAAAUACGUCAUCAGACCCAUCAUUAACGAAUUCGAUGGACUAUUCCGCAGCUUCUAUAAUGUAGAAAAAAAUCAGAAGUUUUUAGGACAUAUCGAAACUUGUUACGAAUCAGAAAAUUGGACGGCUCUAUUGGCGCUGAUCAAGCAAAGUUACAGAUCUGCUGUCACCAGGUUAACUAAUGAAAGGAAAGAAGAACGACUUAAGGUGUGGCAAGCUUUUGGCCAUAAACUUAGCAAGCUAGAGCUCCAAGUGAAAGCCGCCUCGAAACUGACGUUUGCUUUCAUAGAGGGUUCCUUAGUUAAGGCUAUGCAAGAAGGCUACUGGGUACUCCUGGAUGAGAUAAACUUGGCGUCAGCUGAGAUAUUGGAGUGUCUCGCUGGAUUGUUGGAGGAUAAAAACGAAAGUGUCCACUUGAUAGAAAAAGGGGACAAAGUUCCUAUAAAGCGCCAUCCUGAUUUCACCCUAUUUGCUUGCAUGAACCCGGCCACUGACGUUGGGAAGAAAGACUUACCAGUUGGCUUGAGGAAUCGAUUCACAGAGUUCUUCAUUGACGAGUUGAUUGAGAGGAACGAUUUGAUGCUCCUCAUUGGCGACUACUUGUAUCACAUGAAUUUGAGCGGAGCAACCUUAGAGUCUAUCUUCAAUUUCUACGCCAGUAUCCGAAAAGAGGCUAAAUUGAAUUUGGUGGAUGGAUCAGGCAAUGCUCCCCACUAUUCUCUAAGAACCCUAUGCAGGGCCCUGACAGCCGCAGCUAAAGCAAAAUGUGGCACUGUAUCAAGGUCUCUGUAUGAAGCCUUUUGCUUGUCGUUUCUGACGCAGCUGGACAGUUCCUCACAUCCUAAAGUCGAAGCUAUGAUAGCGAAAGCCGUUCUGGGAAAAAAGUCAGUCAAAUCCAUUCUGAACCAGAUGAUCCCCGAACCGCAAGUUCGUGGACAAAACUACCUGCUAUUUGAAGGUCAUUGGAUCCCUCAGGGCAAAUUGGAUAUCGACAUACCUGAAGGUUACAUCUUGACCUCAACAGUGAGGAAAAAUCUCCGAGAUAUUGCACGUAUCAUAUCUCUAGGACGACUACCGGUGUUGCUGCAAGGAGAUACCUCUGUGGGAAAAACGUCCCUUAUCACAUACAUCGCUAAAGCUUCAGGGAAUUACUGCGUCAGAAUAAAUAACCACGAACACACAGAUUUACAAGAGUAUAUUGGAUCGUAUGCUGCAGAUGCCAACGGGCGUCUGAUCUUCAAAGAAGGAGUUCUCGUCGAAGCGAUGAGGAAGGGAUACUGGAUUAUUCUCGAUGAGCUGAACUUGGCACCUAGCGAUGUCUUGGAAGCUUUAAAUCGUGUUUUAGAUGACAACCGCGAGUUGUUCAUACCAGAGACGCAGCAAGUCGUCAAAGCUGAUCCCAGUUUCAUGUUGUUUGCGACUCAGAAUCCUCCUGGUUUAUAUGGCGGCCGCAAGAUGCUGUCCAGAGCUUUCAGGAACAGAUUCGUUGAGUUGCACUUUGACGAGAUACCACGAAAUGAACUUGAGAUAAUUUUACACCAAAGAUGUCACGUGCCUCCUGCUUAUUCCAAAAAGAUGAUCGAAGUGAUGGCAGAACUGCAAAUCAGAAGGCGUGGUUCCGCUGCUGUACAAGGGAAAGACAGCUUUAUUACACUGAGAGACUUGUUCCGUUGGGGACAGCGUUACAAACAAGCUUCGAAAGAAGUACUAACGGAAGAGAAGUUUUACGAUUGGGAUCAGCACAUAGCAGAUGAAGGCUAUCUGGUACUGGCAGGGAAAGUCAGGCAAUCUGACGAGCGGAAAAUUAUUGAGGAUGUUAUAGAGAAGCAUAUAAAGAGGAAGGUGUGUCCAGAUAAUUUGUUCAGCCUUCACCAGACCACGUCUCCAGUGACCAAAGCCAUUUUGCAAACGAUUCUCAAUAACCAGCUCGUAGAGUUUGCGCAUGUCGUUUGGACAUACAACAUGAGGAGGUUGGGCGUCCUGAUAGCCAAAGCAUUUACGUUCAAUGAGCCUGUGCUAUUAGUUGGAGAGACAGGCUGUGGUAAGACCACGAUAUGUCAAGUUCUAGCAGCGUUAACUAAACGACAACUGCUGUCUGUGAAUUGCCACAUGCACACGGAAAGCUCAGAUUUUCUUGGAGGACUUCGGCCUGUAAGGCAGUACAAGAACGAUGGAAGACUAUUUGAGUGGGUUGACGGACCACUCAUAAAAGCCAUGGAGAACGGCGAUUUGUUUUUAGCAGACGAAAUUUCACUGGCUGAUGAUAGUGUUUUAGAAAGAAUGAACUCUUUGCUCGAACCUGAAAGGCAGCUGGUACUGUCCGAGCGAGGCAUGGAAGAGAAUUCAGAUAUCGUGAUUAUAGCAGCGCAGGAGAAUUUCCACUUUAUUGGAACAAUGAAUCCUGGAGGAGAUUUUGGAAAGAAAGAACUUUCACCCGCUCUUAGGAAUAGAUUCACCGAGAUAUGGUGUGAUAGCGCUUCGUCCAAAGAAGACUUGUUGCGAGUGCUUGAAAACAGUGUCAAUAAAGGGAUUUCUUUGGGGAACCAAGAGGAUGGUACUUCCGGGAUAGGGUUUGCAAUAUUAGAAUUUACGGAUUGGUUAAAGGGGUCAGAAGUUACCAACAAAUUCCCAUUUAGUAUCCGCGAUCUUUUGUCCUGGGUGCAAUUUAUUAACGUGACCGUGGUAAAGAACCUUCUCGAUGCCCCGGAAGCAUACGUGCAUGGUGCAUGCAUGACGUUCCUUGAUUGUUUUGGAACGGCUCUUACAGGGCAUAUUGAUUCAGAAACUUUGAUCUUGCUGCGAGAAAAUGCUAUAAACUUUUUACUCAAACAGGUUGGAAAUGAUUACACACAAUCGUUAAAAGAUACACUUAGUAGCAAACAUGUACAACUAAAAGCAGAGUACGACGGGCAAAGGUUUGGUAUCAAUCCUUUCUACAUCGAAAUUGGGCCCCAAAUGGAGGUUUCAGAGGAGACCGAUAAGUUCACGUUUACUGCACCAACGACUGGUUCGAACACGUUGCGGUUACUGCGGGGUCUUCAGCUAAAUAAAGCCAUCCUUCUUGAAGGAAAUCCUGGAGUUGGCAAAACUAGUUUGGUCUCAGCAUUGGCUAAAUCGUCAGGGCACAAAGUGGUGCGCUUGAACUUGAGCGAUCAAACGGACAUCACCGAUCUGUUUGGAACUGAUCUACCAAACGAAAAUGGAUCUUUCACAUUCAAAGAAGGCGCAUUCCUUAGCGCUCUUCAAAAUGGUGACUGGAUCUUAUUAGACGAGUUGAAUCUGGCACCCCAGCCGGUCUUGGAAGGCCUGAACGCCUGUUUGGAUCACAGAGGCGAGGUGUACAUACCAGAGUUAGGGAAGACUUUCAAAGUGAAGGAACAGACCCGAUUGUUCGCCUGCCAAAACCCCUUAAAGCAAGGAGGCGCCCGUAGAGGUCUACCUGUCUCAUUCUUGAACAGAUUUACCCAAGUGUACAUAGAUACUUUGACGAAAGAUGACCUUAUUUACAUAGUCGAAGCGCAGUACUCGACAUUGGACAAAGACAUAUUGCAUAGAAUAGUAAACUUCAACUGUGAAGUCGCGCACGAAAUUACCGAGCUGCAGUGUUGGGGUCACCGAGGCAGCCCUUGGGAAAUGAACUUAAGAGACAUCCAGAGAUGGUGUGAAGCCAUGAUUGAAGAUCAGAAGAACGGAAAAAAGGUUUCUACCGGAAAGUUCGUGGAUAUGCUCUACGUCAAUCGUAUGAGAACAGCAGAAGACAAAGAGAAGAUGAAAAGCAAGUACGACCAAUUCUUCUGCCCCAAAUAUCCUCGAAGCGACUCUAACCCGCAGUUCAGUAUAGGUAUUGAUGAAAUUAGUAUCGGAGAUGUCUCAUUGGAGAGGAACAUAGAAAAAUGCUUUAAAAAUCGCAGAGUUAUGCAGACCAGUUCGGUAUUACUGCGGAGUCAGAUGUCGUCUUUAAAAGCAUUGGCUCAGAGCGUGAACAUGAAUUGGCUCUCGAUCCUCGUCGGACCCACUGCUACAGGAAAAAGUACUAUAGUUCAAGUACUCGCAGACUUGACGGCAAACGACCUCCAUGUAGUUCCAGUGACGUCAGCGAUGGACGUUUCCGACCUUUUAGGAGGAUUCGAGCAAGUCGACCUCAACAGAAAUCUGGAAAAUCUCUUCGACAAAAUAGAAACUCUCACAGUCCACGUUUUAAGAAAUAUAUGGCUGAACCAAAACGCGAAUUGGAAGUCGAACAAUUUGCUUUCUCACUUGUACGAAUAUAAUAAGUUGCUGAACAAUGAUAAUAAUGAGAUGGAUGAAAUGACAAGGUUCAAUGAAAAGAUCAAGUUCCUUUUAAGACACUGUAAACAUUUGGUUCGUCACACCGAACAUUCUCAAGCGUUGACUGACAAAUUGAAAGAAUUGGAGGAUAAUUUGAACCGUUUGCUUUCGAAAGCGGCUAAAGCGUCAUCGGUGAAUGCCGGUGGGAAAUUCGAGUGGGUAGAUUCACUGUUAGUGAAAACCUUGAUCGAAGGGUCGUGGUUGUUGUUGGACAACGUCAAUUUGACGUCAUCAGCCGUGUUGGAUAGGUUGAAUGGCUUAUUGGAGCCAAACGGCGUUUUAAGUAUACCGGAGCGUGGAGAAAUGUGUGAGAUCAAGCCGCAUCCUAACUUCAGAAUUUUCUUCACCAUGGACCCUAAGUAUGGAGAGAUUUCGAGGGCUAUGAGGAACCGAGGUGUGGAGAUAUAUUUGCUUCGACCAGAUGAUUGGAAUGUCACUUUGACGGAUACCAUGCCCUACAUGGAUCUAAGCGCUCUGCUGCUGUCAUGCGGCCUCCCAGUGAAGUUCCAUAAGCUGUACCUUAAGUGCCAUGAAUUGAUGGAGUCGUAUAUUCAAGGUUUAGAACGGCCAACGAUAUACCACUUGAUGCAAGCCGCUCAUCUCAGCCGUCAGCAAAUGAUCCGAGCGGUGCCCCACGAUAUAGCUCUACUAAACAGUUUCUCUGACGUCUACAUCAAACCUCGGAGUAUGGCAGACUUCGCUUCAAACUGCCAGGCUCCUCUAGCAAAGCUAAAGAAUGACAUGUUAAAAACAAUUGAACUGGAACUACAGAAUACAAAAGUCGUUGAUGACAUCGAAGCCAGCAGUACUCUACGGGUCAAAGAACUGUGCACACACUCUGCCCAUGAACUGGCAAAUCGAUUAGCUUACAGCGUCAUUCAAAUCGAUGAAGCAUCGAGUUUCGAGAAAACACUAAAAAACACACUUUACAAUUUGUUCGUAGCCUACCAAAGAUGUCCCAAAGAAAUUCUGCCCGCUUUGCGCAUGGUUAUAGACAGAACAUUCAACGACAGAGAAGAAUAUGACUACAAGUACAAAGUAUACAGUCUAAAUUUCAAUGAAUCGAUCUUCAAUAGCUCUGAGGCUCAUACGUUAUUGAAAACCCAUCUAAGGUUUUUGCCAGAACAAUGCACGUUAAAUGAAGAAGCAAUCAAAAGAUUGAAUGAAAGCACUCUCAUUCUGUACAUGCAACUGGUGGCGUCAUUUUACAUAAAUGUCAAGCCUUCAUCCGAGGGGAUUAAAUUCGUAGAUUACUCGAGAGCAGUUCGCAUGGAUCAGUUGACAGAUGACUUCUCUGAAUACCCACUUUUGAGAAACUGUCUGAAUUACAUUGAAUACAUUGACGAUUGUACCUUGAAAGUCAUCAAAAGCCUACAAGAUAAACUGGACGAUGAAACGACUAUCAAUAUUCUGCGACUUCUAAACUGGAAAUACAGAUUCCUAGACGUAGCGUAUUCAUGCAUGUUCCUAAAACAGGAUGUGACCAGGAAAAAGAGAAUUCUCGACUUGAAACUGGUAAAAUCGAUCUAUCUGCAUUGCAAGUGGGUGGAGAAGCACCUCUUCCAAGAAAUGUUUAAGAUCUUGCCUCCAGACAAUGAAGUAAAGAAACAGUUUCAUUCAAAAGUGCUGAGUUUCACUGGAGUUAACGACCAAGUCAGCGCCAAAUCUGCUGUAUUCGGGAAGAAGCUUAGGAAGUUGGUUGGCCAGCCAAUAUUAUACGCGAAUCAGGGUCAAUACGAACUGUGUCAGACGAGGCGCACUNGACGAACUAUAUUCAAGAGUGCCUCUAUAAAUCUGAAACAGCCUCUAGAAAGACAGAAUCAAAUUCUACGCUUAAACUACAAUGUGGCGAGCGACUUGAAAUUGGCGUUAGACGUUCCAGACGAGGAAACAUUGAAUACUAUUAUACAAAACAGCUCUAUAAGUUCUAAUUCUGAUCAGUACAAGACAGAUGCUUCCGUGUUACCCUUCAAUGCUUGUGUUAUACAAAGGGUACUGAUUAUUUUGAAGGAACAAAUAUUCAAAGUUGUAAAUGACUUGACUGCGGAUGAAAAGAAGUUUAUUUUGAGGAAAGAUUUCAGUGAAGUGUUGGCCAAUAUGGUGCAUUUUGCAAGGGUUUCUAAAGGACUUGCGCCAGAGUUGUUGAGCCUGCUUGACUACUUGUCCAAGUUGACGGACGGCACCUUUGACAUAAAUGAAGUGAAAACAAGCAUAUCAAGUCUUCCAGUAAGAUUGUACGACGAACUUUACAAAGCGCUGACUCACUCGCCUGCCGUAUACCCUCACCCAUUCCUGAAUGUGAAUAAUGACACAGCCCCUGAGAAAGUACCCAUUGAUAGCAAGAGGAUGUCUACAAACUUACCGUUGAUGCCGUAUUAUGUACAGAACAUGACCUUGUCGAAGGAUCUUGAAGGAUCCCAUCACGUGCUUGCUUACGAGACUGUGCCGUUACAAGAACACGCCAAGUAUUCAAGCCAGCUGGAGAUCAUACAGAAUAUGAUAUGGAAGAAUAUGGCCACGCUUAGCAUGGCGGUCAAGUCCUCCGUAGAUACAAAUUUGAAUUUCGAAUUGAAGAAAUUCGACCAACUGAUGGCUUACGUGCGCCAAGUGUUGCCAGAUUAUGACCAAAUGUGCGAAAAAUUGAAUUUGUUAGACAAUGCAGCCCAUUUAGACUUCGAAGUCGAAGAUCGACCAAUAUUCGUAGACAUGAUUCACGACGCUCUCCAAGUCUGCAAAAGGCUGAAAAAUGUUUCAUCUGAGGAUCUUUAUGAUCAUUCUGUUGAAACGAAAGUAUUGACUGCCAAAGUCGCUUUGUAUACCAGUAUCAUUUUAGUCACUGUGAUGUCCAAAAUGAAACCAACUGACCACGUGGAGAAAUAUCGCCUGAAACUCCGUUAUAUAGACGAGGAUUUAAAUACCUUAGAUGGAUUACUGACAGCUUAUUAUAUGCAAGGGUUGGUGUUCGGAAAUUUAAUGGACACAAAGCAAAUAUCAUUUUCUGAUGUGACCACUGAAAUGUUGAUGGGUAACAAAGACAGUUUGAAGAAAAUGCACCCACAUUGUGGGGUAAUUUUUGAAACCAGGGAGAAAACGUUAGCAAAAAUAUCCAAGUACGCUAAAGGAAAUACAUUCAGACCUGAAGAUCCGACAUAUGACGUGUUCCUCACGGAUUGCACACACGUAUCCAAGUCUGUUUUGAAAGCAAAAACAUCUUCCCACCUGGCCUUGAGCUUGAAGGCAAGCUCCGAUCAUUUGCUACAGAUUCUCCAAGGAAUGCCUCAGGGACAGGGCGAAUUCAGCCUGUCUAAAGCGCUAAAAGACGCCUCUCACGCUGUCCAGGAAUCCAAACUAUGGCUGUAUUCACUAAACGCUUUCUACAAGAAACUUGAAACGGAAUAUUCCGAUGCCUUCCCUGAUAUAGCAAAACCGUACUUGAUGUCGAUAUCUCAAGUGGAAAAUAGCAUAAUGUCGCUUAACGACUUGGUGAAGGAAAUGUCCGCGAAGAUUGAGGCAGGGCCAAACUUUGUGGAAACGAUAAUAAAGUUAAUGAAGUUCCCGAACAGUAUACCAAGCGAUACGAAAGAGAAAUAUUUGGUGCAGUAUUUGUCGCCAACUUUGAUGCAAUAUCUGCUUAAAAAUAAGGUGGUAAAUGAAGGAGAAUCGCAAAACGGGCGCAUGGAAAUGAUUGAGUUAUUAAAAAUGAACUUAUCAGAGCUGAAAAUGCACGCCACGGCGCUGGAGUCUGUAGACAAUGCUACAAUAAACGCUGUCCAAAUGACUCUAAAGGAACUUGUUGAUAUUUGGUACAAAGAGCAAAUGGAUAUCGAAAAGAAGAAGCAGGAUGAUGAAGCGCUUUAUGUGACCAAGUCUAAAUGUGAAGAUGAAGAUGACGAAGUAACAGCCCAGAAGGAAAUAAAGGAAUUAUUCCCCUCAUUUUCUGACGUCGAUUUCGGGGAAUUCAAACCUCCAACCCUAGAACAAAAGCCUGUUCAUCCCACAGAGCACACGCCCAAACAAAAACCUCUGUUCUCAUCCGAAGUUAUAUCCUUGGUUUACAAGUGGCAUUCGAACUUCGUACGAAAUAUGACGAGGGCAGAAUGGUUACCCAUUCCGAAGAAGUUGGUAGGUAACGAUGUGGUGAGCCCUCUGUUACAGAGGUAUCCUAUAUUCGGCCAGGUAGUCGAGAAUUGCUGGGAAGCUAUUGGGGCGGAGGUUGAAUGUAUCCUGACACCUAGUUUGAUGGUGAUAUUGUCGCAAAUGAAGGAGCAAGUCGAUGGAAGUGCGUCACAGAAUACAAAAAUUGACUUCUACCGGUCUCCAUGGGUGGCGGAGACUCGCCAGUGUUACCCGUUGUUGACUAUGGUCAAAGACGCCACGAACACCUUGCUUGACCAAUGGCCGGACUUCCCUACACUGAAAGACAUAAUCGUAAUAAUAGACCGCAUCCUCGGCUUCCCGGUGACAAGUCCCGUGUCCCGGUUCCUUACCGGCUUAGAACUCCUCCGGGACAAGAUUGAGGAGUGGAACAAAAACGCCCACAAAGGCAACAAUAUGGUCGAACAGUCGCUAUCGGUCGGACAACAGAUCGUGAACUGGAGGAAACUGGAAAUGGGACAUUGGAAGGAGUGCCUCAACAAUUUAUAUCAGAGAAAGCAAGCCGAAGCGCACAAAUACUGGUUCUACCUAUUCAACGUCAUCCAGUCCCACUUGGAGCAGACAGAAGAUACGCAUGACGUAUCUUGCGCGCGCAUCGUUAACGUGCUACGGGAGUUCAUGGAGCGAUCUAGCUUGGCCGAGUUUGAUGUCCGUUUGGAUAUUAUUUACUCAUUCCAUUGUCAGCUGGUGCAUUUGGAGUCACAUGACAGACGAGACGAACUCCUAGCUAUUCUCUGGAACACCUACAACUACUACGCACAGUUCAGAGCGCAAGUGGCCGCGCAUAUAAAAGAGAAGCGAGCGCCAAUAGAGAAGAAACUGCGAGACUUCGUCAAGAUAUGCUCCUGGGAUCGAGACCUGAGCUACUGGAGCGUGAAGGAUACAGUUGACAAAGCGCACAAAGCUUUGCACAAACAUACCAAGGAGUUUGAGAACAUCCUCAAAGAGAGCGUGUCCAGUUGCCUAGUGGACAACAGUACCGACAGCGGGGCUGAUCACGUGGGAAUAUGGGACCGCCCCAAACGCACCACCGGGGCCGCCGCGCCUACAGGCGGGGCUUACAUGAUCGACCCACAGAACUUUGUGCUGCUGACGCGAAAUGUUAAGCCGUCGGAGAAGAAAUACCUCGACCAAGCAGAACAGUUAACGGCCUGGAUCGCCGAAGGAUCGCUGCUGUCCAAAAUACCAAGCCUAGUCAACAAAGCGAAGACGCUGUGUAAAGACACCAUCACUAAUUCGCGGUACCCAGCCUUGGUGCAGGGUUUGGACGACUUCGUGACCGCUGUGAUCGAGACUAGCACUCAUCUUGGCUCUUUGGAGGCUGACACUUCCCUACCAAAAGACAAACAAAUGUCCCAAGCCAAGAACAUCGUCCAGCAAAAGCGCAAAGCCCUAGCUGAUCUCUUCAAGUACCUCAUGAAGAUGGGUCUCAACUACCGCUCGGGACUGCUCCUGUUGUCUAUGACUGAGAACGAGAUCUAUGACUUCACUAUUCCACCUGUGGACGUCGACGCGUUGAUGGGCUAUUUGAAGAACAGGCGCUGCGACGCGGCUCUAAGUUUACUUUGGUCUGGCUGCGAGACGUACUUCCAAAAGAACAUAGCGCGACACCGGCUGCUAUCCUCAGCACUACAAACGCCACAUCAAGACCUGGGACUGCCCAAUAUUGAGAGGUGUAAAGGAUUCACCGCUCAGUUAAUGCAUCUAACAAUUACACAAAAGAAAUCAAUAUCAAAAUACUCGCAAUAUCUGUACGAUUUGCGCACUGUCACGACAAAUAUAGAGAACAUUCUAGAAAUUGACGCCACUGAUGUCAACAUUACAACAAUGGAAGAGAAAAUAACCAUUCUCACUGAAUGCUACGCGAACUGUAGCAUAUUACUUGACCAGUUCAGCGUUCUACUAAAGUCUUGUCCAGAAAAAACAUACACGGAAACUGAAUUUGAUUUGGUACUGUCAGAUUCGCCAAUCGUACGUUGCUUCAAAAACAGUGACGAAUGGAACGAACUGUACAAACAAGUGAAAGCUAUCAUCGCUACGGUGACAAAAGAAAAAGCGAACCUCCUCAAAUUACAACCUGUUCCUAAGAAGUUCGCAAACAAUAAAGAAAAAUCCAUUCCUACUAUAUCUCAGGCGCACAUUGAUAUUACAAAAGAGGCCAGAAAUGCACUGGAACGUAUGAUAAGCCAGAUAGAUGAUAUACUGAAGAAAUAUAACUUCACAUUGAAACAUAAAUCCGCUUUCAAUUUGGCCGAAUCGCCUCAGCAUCCAAUCCUUACGAGCUUGAUUGAAUUGACUGACUAUUUGACAGGAACCAUCAAAAAGAUUGACGAUUUAAACCAGCCCAAUAAAGAUUCAAACACAGAGGACUUGACUGACAAAUUGAUUAGUAACACUAAAGAUGUAGUCGCGAAUUUGCUGUUAAUCAUCCAAUCGGUCUACAAGAAGCAUUUGCCUAAAGGCAAGGAAAGCAACGAGCUUCUGAAUGAAAUAGAUGACAGUGAAAAAGAGGUUGAAAGAGAAGAUUCUAAGGAAUUGCUGGAAGACAAUCAUUUAAGAGAGCUUCUUCAUGAACAAAUAAUGAAUGACGGGAAGCUGUUACAGUUGAGGGUUUUGAUUGAAAAAUGUAAAGGUUUACUACGUGAUUACGUGGAGUAUGUAGCGUCAACAAAUGACGUGGAGAAGGGAAGAGAUACGGUCAUGAGAAUGGUGCCAAUAUUGGAACAGGCGGUUCUGUUCGUGCAGUAUUUCGUGACGCAGAAAGUGGCAGUUCAUAGGGUGUCGUGCAAGAUGCUGUCUGUCUUGCUGAAGAUAUUCUCGGACUUGGCUACCAAAGGAUUCUGCAAGCCUUCAGACAUGGAAGAGGAAGGGGAAGGUGAAGGCGGACCAGGAAAGUUAUCAGGAGGCACAGGCCUCGGGGACGGCGAGGGACAGAAGGACGUCUCGGACCGGAUCGAGAACCAGGACCAAUUAGAAGAUGCUCAUCGCCCUGGCGAAGAAAAGAAAGACGAAGAAAAAGAUUGCAAAGAAGAAGAGAAAGGUAUCAACAUGACUGACGAUUUCGAUUCGCAUCUUCAAGACGUUGACAAGAAAGAAGGUGAAGACUCGAAUGAUGAAGAUGAUGACGAAGACGACCCUGACAAGCAAAUGGGUGAAACUGACAAUGCAGCUGAAAAGUUAGAUCAGCAAAUAUGGGGUGACGAAGAAGAUCUUGAGGACGACCAAAGCAAGAAAGAGUCAGAAGAAAAAGGUACCGGCGAGAGUACUGGCGAGAAAGAGAUGGGUGCUAAGGAUGAAGAGCAAGGCACUGACGAUGGGAAAGAAGGAAAGGAUAAAAAGAAAAAGAGAGACAUCAAUGAAAUGGACGAACCGGAGGUCGAUGAUGACCAUGUGGAUCCAUACCACGGCAAUCAACAGCAGAUGCCUGAACCGGAGGACUUUGAAAUGCCCGACAACUUGAAUUUGGACGGCGAAGAAGGGGAAGAUAAGGAAGGUGAAACAGAAACCGAAAAUCCGUUUGAAGUGGACGUAACCAAAGACGACAUCCCCAAGGAUCAGGAGGAAUCUACUCAAGAUGACAAAUCUCAAGACGAGGGCAAAGGAGAGGAGCAUGGAACCGAGGUGUCAAGCGACAGCGAGGGUGAAGAAAACGGUGAUGGUGAUAGCCAAGAUAAGUCGCAAAACAACGAAGACGACACGACGCAAACAGAGGCCGACACAGAAACAACGCAAGAUGACGGUCAAGAUGGCGGCGAUGAAGACACCUCGCAGCCCGAAGACUCCGAUAUGACGCAGCCCGAGGACUCCGAUAUGACGGAGCCCGAUAGUGCUGAGCAGGAUCUGCCCAGGAAUCCGGAUAAGAUGGACGAGGAUGAACAGGAAGAUUCCGAGCAGAAAAGUCGAGAGGAUAAUAAUCCUCAAGCAAACCCGUCCAAUGACGACCAGUCGGCGGAAGAUAAGGCAGAGAAUGCCCAGAUGGAUAGAGGCACGGACGAUAAUGUUGAAACUAACGCGGAUCAGAAGAAGGAUGAAGAGUCUGCGCCUUUUGAACAAGCCCAAGAGCAAGUGGGUGAAGACAAACAGUCCAUGGGCCGAUCGGAGCUCGACCAAAGCGACAGGGGACACCGCGGCGAGAAGCAAGCGGCGAGCCGGGCCGACCGCGCGCAGCAGAAGCGGGACAAACACGACAACAAGCCCGGGAAGACUGACCAGGAACGCACGCUGGGUGACGUAAACGAAAAGAAACACAAACAGAAGACGCUCAACGUAGAGCGAGACGAAGAGAUGGAGGAUGGCGGUGAGGGCCAAGAGGACGACGAUAAGGACGCGGACGCGUACCAACACGUCAAACAGGCGAAGAAGGACGAUUUACAGGUCAUAGAUGCGGCGACCAAAGAGCAAGCAGAUCAACAGCCGACUCUGCAGGAAGACGAGGAAACGGAAGAAACGACCGCCGACGACGAAAUCCCUAUGGAUGUAGAUGAAGAAGAUUUACAGGUUGAGAAGGGUGAAGAAUUGAAGCCCGAGAAAGUGAAAGAAGGUUCGGACAAACAGAAAGAGAAAGAAAAAUCUGGCAACAAGAAAGAGGGAGCGGAAGAGAAUACUGGCGAGACUGGCAUCGAGGUAGAGGGCGACACUGUGCUCACUACGCAUGUGCCGAGGCCGGCUGACACUAGCUUCCACACUAGGCUAGAAGAGUCCCACGAGCGUUCAGAAGACAUGACCGUCGAGCAAUAUAUGAGCAUUCGGGAAUGGCUGACGUCAGGCGCAAGACCCGGGCCCGGCCCGGCGGCGGCCUGGCGCUCACUAUGGCAAGAGGCUGCGCCGGCGGCGAGAGCUCUUUGUGAGAGGCUGCGGCUGGUGCUGGAACCCACGGGGCGUUCAAGGAGAGCUGGUGACUUCCGCACCGGGCGCGCUAUUAACAUGCGCCGCGUCAUCCCCUACAUCGCUUCACACUUCCGCAAGGACCGCAUCUGGCUCCGCAGAACUAAGCCGGCCAAGCGGGAAUACAAGAUUGCUAUAGCUGUCGACGACUCCAGUUCAAUGAGCGACAAUAGGAGCAAGGAGCUGGCGUUUGAAAGUCUGGCGCUGGUGUCGCAAGCUCUGAAUCUCCUGGAAUCCGGCGACCUCGCCGUCUUAAGCUUCGGCGAGAAGCCGAAUCUUCUCCACCCAUUCACGGAGCAGUUUUCCGAACAUUCCGGCUCCAAGAUCCUAGAACAACUUCGCUUCGAGCAAACCAAGACUAAAGUGGCCCAGUUGUUGGACUUCUGUACUGUGCUAUUUGAAGAACAAACGAUACGUACUGAUGCAAUUAACGCUAAACUACUAGUGAUUGUCAGCGAUGGACGGGGUAUAUUCUCGGAAGGGGAGACGAAGGUGAUACAGGCGGUCAGGAGAGCAAGACAAAUGGGCAUAUUCCUUGUCUAUGUUAUAAUUGACAAUCCGGAUAAUAAGGACUCCAUAAUGGACAUCAAACGGCCUAUCUGGGACCCAGUGACGAACGAGCUAAGUUUCAUACAGUACCUCGAUACGUUCCCCUUCCCCUUCUACAUUAUACUCCGAGACAUGUCCGCGUUACCCACGGUUUUGGGAGACGCGCUGCGACAGUGGUUCGAGUUGGCGGCCAAUGUUGCCAGCUAAAUUAAUUGUAGAUUAAGUAUACAAAAUAUUUGAGACGAUGUUGUCAUGAAUAAAAUAAAUAACUGGUGACUUGCAUACACGGUUCAGACU